CGGGUCGGGAAAAACUAUAACAGAAGUUCCACUCAGUAAUUCGGAAAAAUUAUACUCAUAGUGCACAGUGCAUUUUUGAAAAAUAAAAGUGCCCGAGUGGAAUGAGAACUUCGUCAGGAAAAGUGUGGACGAGGAGGGUUGGUUUGCUGGCUUUUCUUGCUUUAUGAUGACGACCGACUGACGACGACGACGACGACGAUGAGUUGCCUUUGCACCGCACUGUUGCUGCAGGGGGAUUGAGUGAACAGUGAACACCACAGCCAGCACCACUGUGUUAUGUCCAUAUGAACUGAAAAGUGCCUCAGCCUAUGCCUGUGCUGAUGAGUUUUAUGUUGAACGUUGGUCUUGGGUAUAUUAUAGAAAACCAAACCGAAACAACAACAACAAAAAAGAGCGAUACGAAAACGAUUGUCGACAAUGUGGAUUGUUGCGAUGAAAACAUUUCGUGUCCGAUGCUUGAUGUGAUCGUACGGUUCCGUAAAACGCCGCUCUCUUUUUGUACCCUCUCGAAAUUCAAUCCCAAUUCGAUAAAAUUUUCAAAAUAUUUUUUUUUUGUUACGAAAAUAAACAAAGUUUUUCAAAAAAUAUUUCGAUAACAACAAACGAAAAAGUGAAGUGAUACAUAAAAUUUAAACGAGAUUUGUCAGCAACUGUCAUAUAUUUGUGCUGAAUUAGAAGAAAAGUAUUUGCUUUGUUUCUUUGGUGAUCUUUGAAAGUGAGAUAUUUUUAAGAGUUCUGAUAAAAUUGUUUGAUAACGAAAGAAGUGUGUGUUCUAAGAGAUAAAAAGAAACAAAAUAAAAACAAACAAAAAAUGGGUCGACAAUUUGAAUAUAACCGAUUCAGCAACGAUGAGGAUAUCAAACAGGAAGUUGGUGGUGCCAGUGAUUGUAAACAAAAAGAGUUCAUGCAGAAGAGUCAGAGCCCUCAGACAAACAAGAAGUCAAAAACGCUAAAAAAAUACGACACGCGUAUUUGUCCACCAUAUUCCGAGCUGUAUCCUGAAAACGAUAAUAUUCCAUUAAAGGACGAAACAACGACAACAAAAAGGACAACAACUAAAUCGACAAGAAAAAGUGUUGAAAUCGCCAUCAAGACAUACCAUCAACUGUCUAAAUUUUUAAUACAAAGCCAAAAUAACGAAGACAUCAUAACGAGUGACACUUCCACCGCCACUACGGAAUCCUCUAAAACUCUAGAAAAGGACGAUUGUGAGAUGAUUGCUUUGGCAGCUUCAGUUCCAAAAAAACCAAAAGUCUAUGAUUGUAUGAGGGAUUUUUUGAGGAAAAAAUUCUUCCAUCAUGCUGUCGUCUCUGUCUCUGAGGAAGAAUCAUCUGAAGAAGCUGUUGAGUAUGACGAUGAGGUGGAUUAUCUAACGAUGAUGGAGGAUUCCUAUGACAUAAAGGAUGUUGACGAUGAUUUUGUAGAUGAUGACGAUGAGUGUUUGCUUGUUGUGACAUCGAAUCAUCAGCAUCAGACGAGGUCGAAGUGCAUUCGUCUGGUUGAAGGAGGAUGUUGGCCUAAAAAUGAAUUUUACCUUGAAGAUGGUGAUGAUGAAGUUGAUUCGGAUGUGGGGAUUAAGGAUUGUUGUCAGCUGUUGGGAGGUUCACCGAAAGCAGAAAAGAAUACUAAAAGUCCUAAAAGAAAACUGAGUGAGUUACAAUCUGAGUUACGGGAUGUGCCUUGGUUUCAGCCAAAUAUUUCGGGCAAAGCUGCAGCUGAAAAAUUGAGCAAGGAAGAUCCUGGAGCGUUUAUUAUUCGUCAGAGUUCCAGUGUCAAGCCAGGCAAUUAUAUACUUUCCCUUCGAAUGGAAACAAAAGUGAAAAAGUUCAUAAUUCUUGGUUCACCAAGAUGCUACAAAAUUAAGGGAGCAAAAAAGGAAUUUUCAUCUCUCAAAGCUUUGGUUACUCAUCAUUCUGUUAUGGCAGAACAGUUGCCAGUGACACUAUCACUUCCACGAACAACAGUUGAUGAGAAAUUUUCACAUCGUUACAUCGAUGAUUUUGAUACAUUUGAAUCAUUGCAAAUUUUGGGAAUAUUGAAAUUUUUACAAUCGAAAAAUUUGGAGUUUUCUUGAGGAGAAAAAGAAGAAGAGUAUUUGUGAAGUGCGUUUGAAAAUGGAAAACGCUAUUAACUACUUAAAAAGCGCUAAGAGGCUGCCGACUUGUCACAAAGGGAUUUUACAAAAAUGAUCCUGUGCACAACAUUCCAAUAAUAAAAUUAAUGCGAAAAAUUAGGAAAAAUUAAAAAAAAAAAAAUCCCAAAGUGCUUGGAAUAAUAAAAUUGGCAAUGAGAUACAUAGAAAAUAUAUCUAAAGCAAUUAAUUGAGAGCCACAGAAUUAUUGAUUGGCAAACUUUUUUUGAGCUUGAAGUUUUUGAAUGAAAUUUGUGUAAAAUUAAAAUCAGUGCAUAAUAAUAAUUUGAAAUAC